CAGGCCCGGCGGGGCCCCUAGCCCACGAGCGCGACAGGUGGCGGCGGCCGCGUCCGGGGCCUGGCGGGGAGCGGGGCCGGCGUCCAGCGUCCCGGGCCCCGCCUUCCCGCCCUCCACUGUCUGUCCCGCUGUCCCCUCCCGGUCCCGGGUCCCGCCACCCACCCCACCCCCAGCCUCGCGCCCCGACGCGGGGUGUCCCGAUCUCCGCAGGGAGCGGGCCCCUGCCUCGCUGGCAGUGGGAGGAGUUUGGGGGCAGCUCCCGGACAGGUGGCCCGCACGCCGCGACUCCCAGAUUGGGGAGUUCACCGGGACGGGGUUUUCCGAAGCCACGUGGGGUAAGGGAGGGGGCGGGGGGCGACCCAACGCCCGGAAACAGGGUGUCCUUCCCACUCGGGGCAGGCCACGGGUCCGCUUUCCCACCCGAAGUUGAGGGACCCCAAGAUGUACCCCCUCCCUGUCUUCGCCUUGAUCGUGUUCUCCUGCAUCUAUGGUGAGGGCUACAGCAAUGCCCACGAGUCUAAGCAGAUGUACUGCGUGUUCAACCGCAACGAGGAUGCCUGCCGCUAUGGCAGUGCCAUCGGGGUGCUGGCCUUCCUGGCCUCGGCCUUCUUCUUGGUGGUCGACGCGUAUUUCCCCCAGAUCAGCAACGCCACUGACCGCAAGUACCUGGUCAUUGGUGACCUGCUCUUCUCAGCUCUCUGGACCUUCCUGUGGUUUGUUGGUUUCUGCUUCCUCACCAACCAGUGGGCGGUCACCAACCCGAAGGACGUGCUGGUGGGGGCCGACUCUGCGAGGGCAGCCAUCACCUUCAGCUUCUUUUCCAUCUUCUCCUGGGGUGUGCUGGCCUCCCUGGCCUACCAGCGCUACAAGGCUGGCGUGGACGACUUCAUCCAGAACUACGUUGACCCCACUCCGGACCCCAACACUGGCUAUGCCUCCUACCCAGGUGCAUCUGUGGACAACUACCAACAGCCACCCUUCACCCAGAAUGCGGAGACCACCGAGGGCUACCAGCCGCCCCCUGUGUACUGAGUGGCGGUUAGGGUGGGAAGGGGGACAGAGAGGGCCCUCCCCGCUGUCCUGGACUUUCCCAUGAGCCUCCUGGAACUGCCAGCCCCUCUUUCACCUGUUCCAUCCUGUGCAGCUGACACACAGCUAAGGAGCCUCACAGCCCAGCGGGGGCUGGCAGAGCCAGACUUCAAGUGCCUGUGCCCAGAGGGCUUCAGUCAGCCGCUCACUCCUCCAGGGCACUUUUAGGAAAGGGUUUUUAGCUAGUGUUUUUCCUUGCUUUUAAUGACCCCAGCCCUGCCUGGAGUGGCUAGAAGCCAGCAGGCACCCAUGUGCUACUGACAAGUGCCUCAGCUUCCCCCCGGCCCGGGUCAGGCCGUGGGAGCCGCUAUUAUCUGCGUUCUCUGCCAAAGACUCGUGGGGGCCCUCACACCUGCCCUGUGCAGCGGAGCCGGACCAGGCUCUUGUGUCCUCACUCAGGUUUGCUUCCCCUGUGCCCACUGCUGUAUGAUCUGGGGGCCACCACCCUGUGCUGGUGGCCUCUGGGCUGCUUCCCAUGGUGUGAGGGCGGGGCUGGUGCUCAUGGCACUUCCUCCUUGCUCCCACCCCUGGCAGCAGGGAAGGGCUUUGCCUGACAACACCCAGCUUUAUGUAAAUAUUCUGCAGUUGUUACUUAGGAAGCCUGGGGAGGGCAGGGGUGCCCCAUGGCUCCCAGACUCUGUCUGUGCCCAGUGUAUUAUAAAAUCGUGGGGGAGAUGCCCGGCCCUGGGAUGCUGUUUGGAGACGGAAUAAAUGUUUUCUCAUUCA